CUUUACACCUCUUCUUCCUCCCUCUAAACCCACCCCACAACAUUCUUUCACCCUCUUCGUCUCUUCUCUUCAUAGCCGACCUCUCCCUCCUCUACCCCUCUUCUUCCUGCCUCUAAACCUAUCUCACAACAUUCUUUCACCCUCUUCCUCUCUUCUCUUCGUAGCCGACCUCUCCCUCCUCUACCCCUCUUCUUCCUCCCUCUAAACCUACCCCACAACAUUCUUUCACCCUCUUCCUCCUAAAUUUUCUCCUCCUCUCUAUACCUCCCUCUAAUCACUCCUCAAGGUCUCUUCUUCCUCUUCUCUCAUAAGCCUAGGACUCUCAUCCCUCCUACUAGGCUAAGGAUCAAGUUAAGAGCAUAAUCAAUCUUCUUGGUGAUUAAGAAAGAGUCUUAACUUGGCAAAAGACUAACUACAAAGUCAUGGCACCUAGAAGAUUCUCAAGGGUUAAAGAAAAGAGGAGAAUAGAUGAAACCUAUGAUACCACCCUAUUUGAUUCCUAUGAACAUGCUCUAAAAUUUUCAACAUUUGAAUCUAGGAUUGUCCACAAAGGAAAGUAUGUUGACCUAGAAGAUUUGGGUGAACUAGAAACAAUCCAAUGGUUUGCUAACUUAAAUGCUCUUCCGAUUCUUCAAAUUAGUGAACUUAUCUACCCAAGGCUAGUUAGAAUGUUUUACAAUAAUUUACAUGUAGAUGAAAAUGAUAGGACAUCUACUUAUCUUCUAGGACAUCAUAUACCUAUCACAGAUGGUAUAAUCUGUAACAUCUUAGAUAUUACUAAAAAAGAACAAAAUUAUUUUUUUCGAGGACAAUGGAACAUCGAGACCAUUGGGGUCACCUAUCAGAAGGCCAUUAGCACUAUUUUUGGAAACCCCAACCUAUCUAUUAUCCCAAAGAGUUGUGAGCAUUUUUUACCAUUUAAUACUAAGUUGCUUCAUCAUAUCUUGAUUAGUAUCUUGCUUCCUAAACAACAUCAUCUGGAUGAAGUUAAUACUUUGGAAAUAAAUACCAUGUAUUGGAUUAUGACAGGACGUGAUUAUUGCUUUGGUUACCUCAUACGUCAAAACAUGAUUGAUAUAUCUAGGAAGGAUAUAAUGCUUCCAUAUGGAGGCCUGAUUACCAGACUUUUACAUGCACAUGACAUAACUAUCUCACCAGAUGAAGAAACCAUGAAACUAGAUAAAUUCAAUAUCAUUAAUAGAAAUCUAUUGAGAAGAUUGAGGUGUAUUGUAAUUAAUGAAAUAUGGACUAGAUUACCUAGAAGAAUUGAUCCUCCUCCACCCAAGCCUGUACCAAACACACCUAUACAUAAGGGCAGUCAUUCUCCUCUUACUAGUCCCUUUGAGGCGAUACCUCCAACGGAUGCAGCACCUUCUUCAUCUUCUGAGAUUAUAGCAACUCGAUUGGACCGUUUAGAGCUUCGUCAAGACCAGAUUUUGACUGAGAUACAGCAUAUUCAUCAGCGUCUUGAUACCUUUAAUGCAUACUUUCAUACUUUAUUUAGACAUUUUGGAUUGCCAAAAUCCGAGUAGAUAUUUCACCUUUUUAUUGAUGAGAAAGGGGGAGAAUUAGUAACUAUGCCUAUCUUUACCUUUUGAUGAAGUAGUACUUUUUUUUAUGUUAAAUUAGAAAAAUUAUGUUAUGCCAUAUUUAACUUA